UGGCAACACUGCCCAAAAGUCAACCCAUUCAAUUUUCCGCAUUUCUGUUUCGUUCGGUGCUUUCUUCAUGUUAUUAGCAAAUUAGUGUGAAGUUCUUCAGAACAGGAAUCAUUUGUGUUGAGAAUUUAGCCAUGUCAAGAUUUGACUGAAUGUAGCACUCAAUGAUAAGUUGGAUCGAAUGAAAUGAUAACGAUUAAUGUUGCUUCCAAUUCAUAAUUCCCUUUGAUUUACAUUUUCACUAGAUCAAAUUAUUUGAUCUGAGCAUUUGCAUAUAUUUUGUCUAGUCCUUUGUAUGACUCAGAUUUAAGUACUAACUAAUAUUUUUACAAUGAAGCACUCAUUUUUGAAAUGUUGCCUUUGUUGUAACCAAACUUUUGAAACCAAAUUGGCAUUUGCUGAACACCUGUCAAAUGUAUUAUCUAAUUUAUCUUGUCCUGUAUGCAAUAACAAAUGGUCAUCACUUGCUCAUCUUAUAGAACACUUAACUCUCGAUGAUUGUGAGCCAGACAAUAGUUUAAUUGCUAAUUCUCAAGAAACCAAUGAUAAUGAUCCAGAUAUUGAAAAUCCUUGUUCUAUAUUAAAAACUUAUGAAAUAGAUGAUGAUGCUAAUGUCGAGAACAUUUCAGAAUGCAAAUACUCUGGCACAUCUAAUCAACUUGUUGAUGGUGCAACAAAUGCUUUAGUCACAGAAGGCAGUGUUUAUUUAGAAAUACUUGACAAAGACAAAGUAAAAUGUUUACCAACUCAAGAGCUGAAAUUGCUCAGUGGAGGCAGGGAUGCAGACCAAUUUGUGAUCAUGUCCCAAGGGGGAAGCGAUGUUAAUUUGGAAAAUGCAGUGAUACCUAGUCAAAAUAGCGAUGGUACCAUAUCUUUGCAAGCCAUCAGUGAAUUUAAAUUUGAAUCUGCUGAAACUGUUAUUGCGCCUUCAGAAAAUGAAGCAGAAGACAAUCAAGAAGAGCUUUACAGCUGUAACACUUGUGGAGUCUCGUUUUCAUCAGUACUUGAACACAUACAGACCUACCACAAUGAUCAAGAAGUUGUAGUAGAGGAGUCAUUGAAGGAUGAGGAAAUGCCAUUAGAGUCAUAUGACAUCUUUGAAGCAGAUGAUUCUGUCAUGGUGAAACAAGAAGUUACCAAACACAAAAUCCUCAGCAAUGGUGAAAUUGUGGAUGCAACUGAGGUUGACGAUACCUUAGAAGCAGAAAUCGACAAUGCAGAAGAAAAGAAUCAAGCAGCUGAAAAAACGGGCAAACAGGGUUCUCGUUAUGUCAAAAUUGAGAAAUUCUGUGAUAGUUUUGUAAAAUCAAUCAAUCCACCGGAAAAAGGUGGACCUUCUCACAAAGUAAUAGUAAAAGAAGUGGUAAUGUAUGGAGAAGCAUAUGUUUGUACGUUAUGCAAUAUAAAUGUUAGCAAUUUACAAGACUUCAAAAAUCAUCCAUGUAAAACUUUUAAGUACAAGUGCCCACAUUGCCCUGUUAGUUACGACAACUCUAAAUCUCUUUGUGCUCAUAUGAAAGUGCAUAAAGUAAAAACAGGAAAUCUCAUACCAGCACCAUCUCCUUCAGAAAACUUCGAAUGCGAGAUAUGCAAUACUAUGUUUCAAACAAACAAGUCUCUAAAACUGCACAAAAGAAUGCAUGAUCCCAUCAAAACCCGGCCUAUAGACCCACCAGUAGAGACUUCCGAAGGCACAGAAGGCGAUUGUGUCCGGUACCAUUGCAACGUAUGCCAAAAGAUGAUACCCAUAGACUAUCGCAGUAUACACCAGAACUCGCACAAGACUGACGACCGAAUGAACUGCGGCAUUUGCAAUAAGAAGUUCCAUUCAAACGAGUAUCUGGAGAUGCACAUGACCGUUCACAAUCUGGAUAAGGUUCCUGUUAAUAAAUCCGAUAAAUCUCUACCAUACAGCUGCUUGUAUUGCGAUCGGAGGUUUGCGAGGCCACACGAAAAAGUUAAACAUGAAAGAAUACAUACCGGCGAGAAACCCCAUUCAUGCGAGAUCUGCGGCAAAUCUUUCCGCGUGGCGUACUGCCUCACGCUGCACAUGCGGACUCACACCGGCGCGCGACCCUACGCAUGCCCGCUGUGCGGCAAACGGUUUAAAGCACACAGCGUGUACAAUCAUCACUUGCUCACACACUCUUCAGUGAGGCGUUACAAAUGCCCGUAUUGUCCGAAAGCUUUCAAGACGUCAGUACAGCUAGCCGGACACAAAAACUCUCACACUAAACCGUUUUCCUGCACACACUGCAAUAGGCCGUUUGCAUCAUUGUACGCGGUGCGAGUUCACACGGAAACUCACGCGCGCCAGAACAAUCUCAAGUUCUCCUGCGCUCAGUGCGGUGCCAGCUACGCCCGAGCGUUCGCGCUCAAAGAUCACAUGAAGCAAGUGCAUCAACAAGACGUGGAUACUUCUGCUUUAAACGCGGCCCGGGACCAGGCGCAGGCGCAGUCCAGUAUAAAAGAAAGUCUAGACGAAGAAAUGAAGAUAUAAGAAAUACUAAGAACUGUAAAAGACGUACCAAUAACGAUGAUAACCAAGAAAUUGUAAAUAUGUAUCAAUUUUAAAUAUGUAAAUAAACUUGUUCAAGGUUGAAAUCAAUUUGUAUUGUAGAUAUUCCUUAAAAGUGGCCCUACUAAGCACAUUUAAAGAGAUGCAGAAACGCGACAGCGCUGUUGUUAACUUAUGGAUAGUUGAAAAACUGUUUGGUACACUUUUUUUCAGAUUUUAUCAUGUAUCUGUAUAUAAAAUUAUAUUCUAAAUUCGAUACAUUAUCGAUUCAAUGAAUUUAGUGUCUCAUUUAUGUAUUUUAAUUUACCUGCAUUCUAUACAACUAAUGCCUAAUAAAUAUGGCACAGUUGCGGUGUACACGCCGGAGUGAUAUAUAUACGAAAUUAUUCAGAUAUGUACCUUUUGAUUUUUUGUCAUCACUACACAAAAUGUUAAAAUUUAAAUGCCACGAAAUUAGAAAAGGUUUUCAUGUUAUCGUAACGUGGAUGUAUUGAGCGGCCUACUGUACCCCUAGCACGAACCAUUAUCGAAUCCGAAUAGUUUGCAAAUCGAAAUGUCAGUGUCAAAUUUAGUAUGGAAACUUGAACAGCAGCGGCACAAAGUACGUAACGAGAACUAAAAAUCUCAUGACAAUGACAUUUCGGACUCGCAAACGUAACGAAUUCGAUAUUGGUUCGUGCUAAGGGUACUGAAUGUCAGAACCAUAGGAAAACAUGAAAGAGGUGACAAUAAAUUCAAGUAAGUAAUCGUGUUAAUAACCGAUAAUAAUUAAACACUUUUCAAU